CGAAGCACGACGGGCGCGGCUGAGGGGUCAUUUUCACUCCUUCAGUCGACGACUUCAGACGGUCGCUCCGUUCGCCAUGGCAAGGCCUAAGCAAGCCGCCCGUGAGAACACCGGUGGAAAGGCGCCGCGUAAGCAGCUUGCUACCAAGGCUGCUCGCAAGAGUGCACCUGCGACUGGCGAGGUUAAGAAGCCGCGUUGCUAUGGGCCUGGGACCGUGGCCCUUCCUGAAGCUCUCCGCUACCAGAAGUCGACAGAACUCAUCCGCAAGUUGCAGUUCCAGCAGUUGGCGAGUGAAACGGCUCAGGACCUCAAGACUAACAUCCGAUUCCAGAGUUCGUCUGUGCUGGUACGCCAGGAGGCCAGCGAGGACUACCUGGUCGGUCACUUCAAAGGCACCAACAUGGGAGCCAUCGACGGCAAGCGCGUUACCAUUACGCGGAAGGACAUCCAGCUGGUACAGAGCAUCCGUUGCGAAAGUGUACAAGUUCGGCCGCUGUCUGCGCCGCAGCCUCGGUCUUUGGAGCAACUCAAAAUGCAAGUUAAUCCUUUCAAGGCGUUUGGGGUCAACAACAACUUUCUGCAGAAUAGAGUGCAAGAGGAGUUAUUGAAGAAAAUGAAGUUCCUCCUGUGAGCUAAAGAACUUGAGGACUGAAAUUUUGCACCUUUCUGUAUGUAUCCUGUGCAAUACAUUCAUAUCAGA